CCUCUAUUUCGAGUUCCUUCGACGCUGUAAAAUAGUAUUUAAAACAACAUACUGGUUUAGCAAAACGUUGUAUUGCAAUAGAGCCGAACUGUGUACUAUUAAACCAUUAAACCACUGGACUAUUAAAUAAACCGUCUUUUGAUCUUGAACCCCGGGUGUGGAGCUGGCUCUCAGCAUGACGGGUGCUUGCGGGUUUAUUCGGCUGCUGAACGCCGGUCUCCUUGGUUUGAUUUUGUCGGUCGGUUGUCGGGCGGAUUCGUUUCUCCAAACCGAUUCGGAUUUGUAUGUGAAGUCUCUGAAAACGGCGGAGCCGGUCUCUCCGGACGUGUCGUGCACGGAGACCGGGAUUCAAGCCGUGUUUUAUCAAGGGAUUCGCUCCAAGAUCAAAGUAGUCGAUUUGUUAGGAGAAGCGGUGAAAGUCAACAACGUUCAGUCUGCGUGUCAAACCGAAGCGAUGACGCAGGCUGACGGCACCGUCACUUUCAGGACGGCGUACGAUGGCUGUUACGUCAGAAAAGACGCUGAUUCGUUCGUGGUGAUUUUGGAGGUACGCUUGAUAACCGGGGGACCCCCUCUCCGAAUUCACAUCUCCUGUCCCAUAUUCUUAAUGGACAGUCCAGUUUCUGCAGAUGGCUGCAAUACCCCCUCUGAACUGCAGGUGGCGUGUGGACCCCAGGGUGUCUCCCCAGCUGCCUGUCACAAUCUGGGCUGCUGUUUCAACCAUGAGGAGGCGAGCUGUUACUACAGACUGAACGAAUGCACCAGGGACGGUCAGUUUAUCUUCCUGGUGCGACAGACUGACACGGUGCCCGCUCUGAGAUUGGACACUGUGGAGGUGAAAGGUCAGGGGUCGUGCGCCCCAGUGGUGAACACUGGUACUGCGCUGGUCUUUAUGUUUCCUGUGACAGAGUGUGGGGCGAGGAGAACGGAGACUUCAGAAGAGCUGGUGUACAUGGUGGAAGUGACUGCAGAGCCCGAGAUUGAGACUGGAGGAUUCGGACCCGUGACCAGAGACAGCUACCUGCGGCUGCAGCUGCAGUGUCGGUAUUCCCACUCGGAGAUGGAGACUCGCACGAUGUCCGUGCUCGACCUGCCCCCCCAGCAGCCGGCCACUAGCUUCGGGAACGUUACCGUGGAGAUGAGGGUCGCGAAGGACUCCUCGUUCACUCACUUCUUCCCCAGCUCCUCUCUCCCUCUCACUCGCUCCCUGAGGGAUCCCAUCUUCGUGGAGGUCCGCAUCCUGCCCCCGGCGAGCCCGGCUCUCUCCCUGAUCCUGCGGGACUGUUUCGCCUACCCGAGCUCCCAACAGAGCCUCUGGAUGCUGCUCUACGACGGUUGUCCGAAUUACAUGGACCCGUUCCGCAGCACUUUGCUUCGCGUGAACUCCAUCAAUCAGCCGUCUCACUACCAGAGAUUCAACGUCAAAGCGUUCACCUUCAUCGACCUGCAGACUGGGGGCGCCAGUGAGGAAGAGAUGUAUUUUUAUUGCUGGGUUGAAGUGUGUAACCGCGAUUCAGAAAGCUGCGUCUCCAAAUGCCUGCCCGACUCGAACCCUUCUCCCCGGACUGGUAAUGUCUCCCUGACUAAACGGGAACUGGUUUCGGACCCGGACACUGCACUGGUUUCACUGGGACCCAUCGUACUGGUGCAGACUGAAGCCACGGUGCAGAGCAGGGGGCAGACCGAGGCUCCGAAAUACAGUACGGUCUCUGCGUUUCUCUCGUUUUAUUCGCUGUCGGCGGUUUGUUCUGCCGCCGUUUUCUUUCUCGUUUUUUCCGCGGCGGCCGCCGUACUGUGCCGGGGAGCGAGGAAGGGGCGGGGUCUAGCGGACCGCGUUGCCGUGGAGAUGGAGACGUGAACUGAAAUGCCAGAUUAAAAAAAAUAAUUAAAAUAUGUAAACAAUAAAGGACAUUAAAAGGU